AUGGCCAUCCUGCUGAGCUCCUCAUUGCCUCUGUUGGCUUCUCUGGCCCUGACAUUGGUACUAGCUGUGAGCCCUGCAGCCAGUACUAAUGCUGAAGUCAGGGAGCAGCUAGAAGGUGGAGUGGUGCCAGCCGACCCAAAUGAUAAGGAUGUGCAGAAAGCAGUGAAUUUUGCUGUUAGAAGCUACAAUGAUAAGAACAAUGACCUGUACCUUAGCAAGCCAAUACGAGUGUUGAGCGCCGAACAACAGGUCGUGGCUGGGAUGAACUACUUCUUGAAAAUAGAGCUAGGCCGAACCACGUGCACCAAAGCCCAGUCUGAUUUGGCUGGCUGUCCCUUCAGUGAACGGCCAGAUCAGCAGAAGAAAGUAACCUGCGAUUUCCAGAUCUACACUGUACCUUGGGAGAACAAGAUAUCCAUGACAAGCUUCCACUGUCACAGUGCCUGA